AUGACACAUAUCGAACUUUCCCAACGGCUGUCAAGCCGAAGCUCAACUCGUGAGCAUGCCAUGGAAUGCAAAUCACUAUAUUCUGGCAGCUGUGUCAUUUGUCGGCGGCACAUUUCUGGUUGUCUUAGCGUGGCAAUUCCUCCAAGGCCGGCGUCAGCACGUCCCCUUUCACGGCUCCGCCUGAGAGUCAAGGACUGCUACCUCCUAGAAGGACUGAAGACCUCUUUGUGUUAUAACUACGACUUCAGCAACCCUGCCCCAUUUACGGCGGAGACAGUGCAGUUAUUGAUAAAGCUACGAGCCGUCGUCCUAGGACUAACCAAACUCAGCUCGAUGUUUGGCCGCAAGGAGCCCACGGAGGCUGUAGAGUUUCACAUUGCAUUCAACCCACGUGGAGACGGAUACCAAUCUCCAGCCAGCGGCAGCAAUGGAAGUGCCACAUGCGCCGCAGCAUAUGCUUGGAUUGACUGCGCUAUCGGCACAGAUACCAGUGGCAGCGGAAGGCAUCCGGCGAUGGCAAUGGAGUUUGGCAAUUUCGACCUUUCACGAAUUCUCUAUACGAGAAGCUUGAAAGCGAUCUCACCCCCUGGAACCCCGGACGACGUCGAUGGCUACUUGAUCGACACAGUGACAAGAGCUUACUAUUAUGCGUACUAUCACUCAUUUGCCGCGUUUCGCGAAAAGUACGCCGAGAAGCAUAAUGGGGAACCGCCGUAUGUGAUUCUCUCCCUUCAAUGCCGAUGGGAAAUUGGUGGCGCUGUAUCCGAAGAACAGCCCAAAUAUGCCGUACAGCGGAUGGACACCUACAAGGAAUGGCCGCUUAACGCAAUGUUAGCCGAAUAUACCAGCAAGGCUGAGCCACUGGUUGCUCGUCCAAUCGCGGAUGCUGCUCCAAGUUAUAUGGACGAGCCGUCUUAG